AUGUUAUUACAACCCAACCCCAACUCGGUAAGCGGCCGUAUUCCCUUUGCCAAAUCAAAUUUAGAAGAGUAUAAUCCACCUGAGUUUGUGGCAUUUGAUGUUUUGAGGCCAAGGGGACCCCUGGAUGAAGAAACACAAGCUGCAAGUGUCUCAGUAUUGAGCGUUGACAUGCGUGUGACAGAGAACAAAAAAGACCACAACACUCACAAGUACGUGAGCUCCAACCUCAUCGUGCGCAGGAAUAAAGAGUUCACCAUCAUCAUCCAAUUUAACCGGGACUUAAAUGAACAGCAGGACAAUUUGGAGUUGGAGUUCCUGAUUGGCAGUGCACCUGAUGAAAAAAGGGGCACCUACAUUAUUUUGCCCAUUGGUAAAGAGAAACCUGAAGUGCGCUGGAAGAGUCGUGUGGUGGAAAUACAAGGCAAUUAUGUGACCGUGGGCGUAACACCAGACGCCAACUGCAUCAUUGGCCGGUUUCGAAUCUUUGUUGUAGUUGUGAGUGAUUUGGGAAAACAGCGCACUAAGAGGAACACUGACACCGAUGUCUAUGUGCUGUUCAAUCCUUGGGACCCUGCGGAUCAGGUGUACAUUCCCAGAGAAAGCGACAGACAGGAGUAUGUGAUGAAUGAUGUGGGGACCAUCUACAAUGGAGAAUUCAAUAACUUUACCUCCCGUUCAUGGAACUUUGGACAGUUUGAACAGGGGGUUCUGGAUGCCUGUCUUUUUGUUCUGGAUUCUGGGAAAGUACCACUAGUUUUCCGUGGAAGUGCCCUUGAAAUUGUUCGGCAAGCAUCAGCUCUGAUUAACUCCAAUGACGAUGAUGGUGUCCUGGUUGGCAACUGGAGUGACGAUUUCUCCGAUGGCACAUCACCGACUGCCUGGACCGGAAGUCCUGAAAUCCUGCUCAAAUAUGCUAGUGAAGAUGGUGAGCCUGUGCGCUUCGCUCAGUGCUGGGUGUUUGCCGGCGUGCUGAACACUGUUAUGCGCUGUCUCGGGAUCCCUACACGGGUCAUCACCAACUUCAACUCUGCUCACGACAACACGGGCAAACUGAAUACAGACAUUGUGCUGGAAGAAGACGGGAGAGUGGACCGAAGUCGAACAAAAGAUUCAAUCUGGAACUUCCACUGCUGGAAUGAGGUGUACAUGAAGAGACCUGAUCUGCCGAAAAAAUUCUCUGGCUGGCAGGUGAUCGACUCCACCCCUCAGGAGACCAGUGAUGGUUUUUAUCGAUGUGGCCCAACGUCUGUCAGUGCCAUCAAAGAGGGAGAGCUCAGCUAUCCAUUCGAUGCAAGGUUUGUCUUUUCAGAGCUGAACGGUGAUGUGAUAUUCCAUCGGUCUGAUAAGCAGGGAAAAAUGAAGGUUAUCUCUGUGGACACCGGGUAUGUUGGAAAGCUCAUUUUGACAAACAAACCAGGCAGUAGCAUCUAUGAGGACAUCACUUCUACCUAUAAAUAUCCAGAAAAAACCCUCAAGGAGAGAGAGGCCUGGCAAAAUGCAGAGCGUUCCGGCAUUCCUGCCAGGGAUUAUUUGCCACCCACUGAAGCAGGAGUGACCAUCGAGCUCAAGGCCGACGCCGUCAAAAUGGGCGAUAACUUCAAGCUGACGCUGAAGAUUAACAACCAGACCAGCCAGACUUGCACCAUCAAUGCUACCAUCACUGGCUGUGUGGCGUUUUACACAGGCAUCGUCAGCAUGACCUUUAAGCUCGAAAACAAAGUUGCAACCAUAAAAGCCUUGAAGAGUGAGUCACAACUGUUUCAGUAA